CAGACUUACUGAGAGAGUGCAGACUGGGAUGAGUAAAUGCACUGGGCAGCGUAGCUGUUGAUACAGCCAACGAGAGAGAGAGAGAGAGAGAGUGAGAGAGAGAGAGUGUGUGUGUGUGUGCACGAAAGCGAGCGAGAGAGCGUGCACGAGAGAGAGAGAGAGAGAGAGAGAGAGAGAGGAAAAGAGAAAAGGAAAAAUAGGAAAGAAAGAAGCAGAGAAGAAAAAGGGAGGAUACUACGACAACAACUAUGCUGUGCUGCAUAAGAAGAACCAAACCGGUGGAGAAGAAUGAGGAUGCGGACCAGAAGAUUGAGCAGGAUGGCACCACCAACAAACCUGAAGACAAGGCCCACAAGGCUGCCACUAAAAUACAGGCCAGCUUCCGUGGACACAUAACUCGGAAAAAGAUGAAAGAUGGAGAAGAAGAGAAGGACGGAGACAGUCCCGCUGCUGCAGAUGAAGCAACAGAGGGCGGAGAAGAGGCAAAGAAAACAGCGGGGUCCCCGGUUAAGGAGGAGAAUACUGCAGAAGAGGAGGGGAAAAAGCAGGAGGAAAUGAGCCAAGCCAAAAGCCCGGUGGCAGAAAAGCCUGCUAACUCGCCAGCUGCUGCUGCUCCUUCUCCGGCAGGAGCAGCGACGUCUCCUUUAGCGCCGGCACUUGCUGCUUUCUCUCUUUCAGCGCCUUCCGAGGCCCCCAAAGAGGAGCCAAAGGCGGCGGAAAAAGCUGAAGAGAAGCCCAAAGAGGUGGAGGCUGUGGCGGCCAAGAGUCCCAUCACAGCCGAGAAAAAGGUGGAGGAGAAGGCUGAGGAGAAAAAGGAGGAGGCCAGACAAGCCGAUGUGCCUGCUGCUGUCAGCCCGACAGCCGAGAAGGAGGAGCCUGACCAAACAAAAGAUAAAGAUGCUGCAGAGGAGUCUAAAGCAGAGGAUGACACCCCGGCAGAUGCAGCUGCAGAGGCCACCGAGUCCAAGGAUGACUGAGGCAAAGUCUACUCUCCUAGAAGCAGAAUCAAGAAAAACAAAAAUCAACAAAGGUUGCUCUUUGCCUUCCCGACGCGAAGGCGGUCCGUUUUUAUUUGUUUGUCAUUUUUUGUGUGGCAAUGAUUUUUCUCAUGUUGGGGGAGUUUCCAGCGUGACGUUUUUUGGCUCAAGCUAAUAUAUGAUAACGUGGUGAUGAUGUUGUUGUUGUUGAUGAUGAUGCUGAAAUAUGAUUGUUAAGCUGACGAGGUGGAUUUCAUUUCUAACAUCUUUUACUAUGUAUUGUAAGGGAUCUGGUCGUGGAUUAAAAAAAACAACAACCUCCCAACUGGAUAUAUACACAUUUAAAAUGCAUCGCAAAUACAUUAAUUUGCUUUGCAUUACUCUAUCACAACAUACUCGUUGCAAGUAACCUUCUUCUUCGGCCAGUGCACGCACAAAAAAGCUGGUUUUACAAUGCAACCCCAGUUUUCAUUAUCUUACAAGUGUAUUGAAAACUCCAACAUAUGAUAUGACAAGAAUGUAUCAAUAAAUGUGUACCAUUUCCAGUUGGAGAGCUGUAUAGUACACUUCAAAAACCAACAUAUAGGACAAUAAUAUUACUCUCCCUUUACUGUGCUUGAGUCGAUUCAAGCUUUGUUUACUGUACACCCCUUUUACAAACAGUCUGCACGCUCGUUUGCAGAAAUAGGACCUGACGUGAUCAUAGAAUAAUCUUAAGAAAUCUGCUAAAGUAUUUAUGUCUCCACAAGACAAUUUAUAUUCUGACAACCAAAUAUGAGAGCAGUAGCAUGAACCAUCGAACCAGAUGCAUGAUGGGAACUCUCCCUCUGAGGGGAACGUUUUUCGCAGUUAUGAAAAUUAAAGAGGUGUGGCGGCUUCUUUUUGAUGUCUUUGAUGUUGUUAUGACAGUUUAUAUGAAUUGGAAUAAUACUCUUGCACAAUUGUCAAGAAAAAAACAUAUAUAUAAAAAGAAAAAGAAUCACAAAUGACCAAACAACAAAAAAAACAACUUUUCCUAUGUUCCAGUGAGUGCAAUGUCCAAUUUUAACCUAUCAAAGAGUUCCAACUUGUGAGGGAAAAAAAGAAAAAUGGUUUCAAUGUCUGUUUUCAAAAUAAAGCAAAUGUGCCAAUUAUCAU